GGCAUCUGCACUAUGGUCAGUGGCGGCGAGAGUGGGGGCGAGAGUGGGGCAUCUGCACUAUGGUUAGUGGCAGCGAGAGUGGGGCAUCUGCACUAUGGUCAGUGGCGGCGAGAGUGGGGCAUCUGCACUACGGUCAGUGGCAGCGAGAGUGGGGCAUCUGCACUAUGGUCAGUGGCAGCGAGAGUGGGGCAUCUGCACUAUGGUCAGUGGCAGCGAGAGUGGGGCAUCUGCACUAUGGUCAGUGGCAGCGAGACU